UUCUAUCACGUAACGUAACAAUUCUCUGAAGUGUAAAAAUUCAACCUCAUGGUCGACUGCGAGUAUGAGUGCCCCCGUAUGUGAGCGGACCUCCUCCGGAUAGGGAUUUGGUGUUUUCCGAACUUCUAACGCGCGGUUCGAAACGUGCGCGAAACGAAUAACGUGUAGAAGACCCAAUUUGAAACCUGCUAAUUUGUCUCGAAUUUAUUUUCUAUCGGCGAUACGUCCACGAAUAGGAUAAAUGGCAAGUGAAAAUUAUUCAUACUAUUAAGUGAACAGACCAGAGUUAGUGCAUUGGCCCCGACACGGGUAAAGGUGAGCGGGAAGACAAGGCGAGAAAAACACCUGGCAAAAGAUUGUCCAGUCACCAACGGGGCACUUAGCUAUCACACGUUAUUCUAUAUAGCUGAGCAGCGAUAUCAGUCCAUCAGCUGCGGAAGCAGCUUCAGAUCUUUCUAUUGUAAAAAUUAUUCGAUUUCUAGGGAAAAAGCACGAAUGAUUAUCGUUGCCAUUCAGCGGUGGAUCAAUUCAGAAACUACUCCAGUUAAACGAUUCUGAAACGCUAAAUACAAGUAGCAGGUCUGAUACCAACUGGCUUCCAAUGAGCUGACAGCUGGAUAAUGCAGCGUUCAUGAAUGAUACAAGUAGCUUGAAGGAAAUAUUACUUAUAUACAAGAAUAAAUGCGGCCAGUUGCGAAUAUCGUUACUUGAUCGAUUCAGAGUUCAAGAAGAUACGACGAGUGCAGUGUAUCAGUCCGUAUGCUUUCACGAAGGCAUCUGAUGUCUAUUGUACAUGUGUGUGCGUGAAUCCAUCUGAUGGCGGUCGUCCAACGAAGACGAGUACAUGCCGAAAGUGAUUAUCUACAAAAAAAAAACCUACUAUUAAUGGAGAUAUGCGUGUAUGCGAGUCCCUACAAUGUAUUGUGGCCGAAGAGUCGGGGAAAUAUGAUGUACCAGAAAGACAUUGGCAUAGCUGUCAUUUCAUCGUAACUGGAAACAACAACGGGAGCGAUAGCGGGAAAAUUAUUCGACCCACAUAUCUUUCCCUUGCAAACGAAACACACCGACAGUGAGCUGGUUAACUGUUCACGGGCCAGCAGGCGGAGCACCGUCUGUUGCUAUCUUGAUUGCUUCAAAAAUCUUUACAUCGACGAUCAACCUUCGCAAUAAUCACUAUCAGCGUCGCGCUUGUCGUCGCUUGCCGGAACCGCUCAUCUACUUCGUUUCAGGCGUGUGAACGAGCCGUCGUCAUAGGCGUACACAAGAAGAUACCGAAAAAAUAAAGAAAAAUCCUCGAUUACUGUCCAGAAAAAAAUUUCAUGCCAUACGAGCACUGCAGGGCCGUUUUCUAGCCUUUAUUAGAGAACAGCAACAACAACAUAUUGGGGUAUCGUCCGAGAAAGCUAGCUCCAUUGGGCUAGACCAGCAGCCAAAACGCGGGAAAAUUGCCAUAGCAAGCCAAAUACCAUAAAGUCUGACAUUGCUGCUGCAACCAGCUCGGUGAAAAUCCAAGCACGACACAGCAUCGACGAGCCUCAUCAAUUUGUUAUUUCUAAGUCUACACCGACACGCCAAUUAGCACGUCGUCUUUCUUCUCCUACAAAUACAUCCUCUUUAUGCUGUUCGUGUUAUUAUUCGAUCAUUACUGACGCGCACAAAACGCUCUAGCCAUACACCGACCAAGUAAAUGCAAAAAAUUGCAUACAGCACGGUUUACCGCUUCAAGUAGAGCAGUCUCUGUGUCCAGUCGCUUGCGUCGCGUUCGGGUCAAAAGCUCAUUCAUCUAAAAAGACCAGCACGACUGAAAUUGGUAGUAUCCCCAGUUUUGACGCUGCUAUAAAGUGCUUGCUGCCGCGGGUUUACUAGUGGCGACGGCCUGCUACCAAGUGCUGGCUACGGUGGCAUCGCGGACGCCAGCUCGGGACGGGGCCGCCUUCGCACGAGGAGGCUGCUCGAGGAGACGAAGGCGACAACGACCACGUCAAGGCAGGCCACGACGAAACGCAAAGAGCGAUUAGUCGACUACGGUUUAGCCAAUUUUUGUUGAUUUCAGCGUCGGUAGUGAGAGGGGCGUUGGUGACAGUGAUUGCGUCUAACUUGAUCACGAGCCGUACGCCAAGACGGCUUACGCCUUCAGCGGCGGCAAUAGGGCCUAACGUGAGAGGCAAACAUAGGCCGAACUUACGCGCGCGCCCUAAGCGAAGUUUAAACGUUCUCGUCGCUGUGGUCCGCAAAGCCACGGAACCGAGGACAAAAGUGGCCGUGCCGCUGGUGGAGAAGGCACAGGCCAACGGACAUCAUCUGGUCGAUCUGGCGAUAAGAUGUGCGGCUGCAGCGCCUGCGGCCGCUUCCCGCUGCUGCGUGCUCCGGAGGGGCUAACAUGUGCCCUUGUGCUAGCGAUAUUUGCCUCCGUCCCAGGAAUGUUCCAGUUCGGAUAUAACAUUGGUGUCGUCAACGCGCCGCAAAAAAUAAUAGAGGAUUUCAUCCAAGACGUGUACGUUCGACGCGGCUCACGUAUCGGGCCUAGUUCUGCAGGGUGGCUGCUCGCUAUAACCGUGUCUAUCUUCUGUAUUGGAGGCAUGGCAGGCGGCUUCAGCGGAGGCGUGGUCGCCAACCGCUUCGGAAGGAAGGGCGGUAUGCUGGCUAAUAACGCACUCGGCAUCGCGGGGGGCCUGUUAAUGGGCUUAGCAAAGCCUUGCUCUUCGUUCGAGUUGCUCAUCCUCGGUCGCCUCGUGAUCGGUUUCAACUGUGGACUCAAUACGGCCCUCGUGCCAAUGUACCUGCUGGAGAUAAGUCCGUUGCCCCUACGCGGCGGACUCGGGACUGUUAGUCAGGUGGGAGUCACUGUAGGCAUGUUGCUGUCACAGAUACUCGGCCUGCCUGUCAUUCUAGGCACGAAGGACGGAUGGCCCUAUCUAUUAGCAAUUGCCGUUGUACCGGCAGUACUGCAAUUGGCAUUAUUACCGUUGUGUCCCGAGAGUCCACGGUUUCUCUUAUUCACGCGCAACCAGGAACGAGCUGCCCGAGAGGCAUUAGAAAAGUUGCGUUGCACUCCGCUUAUCGAAGAGGAUAUAGAAGAGAUGCGCGCUGAAGACAUGCAGGAGCAUCGCGAAACACACGUAACUGUGAUACAGGUGUUACGAGACAGGACCUUGCAAGUUCCUUUGCUCAUCGGAAUUGUCAUGCAUCUUUCGCAGCAACUCUCGGGAAUAAAUGCUGUGUUUUCGUAUUCACUGCGGUUGUUUGUGCAGGCGGGUUUAACGGAUGAAUUGGCGCAGUGCGCCAACGUGGGAGUCGGUGUUGUGAUGGUCCUUAUGACGCUAGUGUCCAUUCCGCUCAUGGACCGAACCGGCAGGCGGACCCUGCACCUUUACGGCCUGGGUGGCAUGUUCAUCUUUUCCAUAUUUAUCACCAUUUCACUACUCGUUAGCUUCUUGUACAGCUGGAUCACGUAUAUGUCCGUAGUAUCGACGUUGGCGUUUGUCAUAUUCUUCGCUAUAGGUCCAGGAACGAUUCCAUGGAUCUACACCGCCGAGCUAUUUGCACAAGGCCCUCGCCCAGCUGCAAUGGCCGUUGGAGUACUAGUUAACUGGAGUGCAAACUUCUUUGUAUCACUUAUCUUUCCGUCUAUGCAGGAGGCGUUCGGUGACUAUACGUUUCUACCGUUUACGGCGUUGCUCGGGCUAUUUUGGGUGUUCACCUACCGCCGGGUGCCGGAGACCAAGAACCGAACCUUCGACGAGAUUGCCGCCCUUUUCCGCCAGCAAGGCUCGGAAUCUUCUCAAUCCCGCUCCCAUGGGGGUGGGGGUAUUUUGAGCUGUGCGAGUGCCCCGGCGUCAACCGGCGGCGUGGCCAACCGAGGUUCGCAAGCUGUCACGAAUACUCGCUCACAAUCACAGCCGGUCACGCCGACAUGUCCACACCAACAGGGCACAACGCCUGGGCAUCUAAUCCACUCUGGCGUGCACAACCAUAAUCACAAUCACAUUGGAUAUGGCCAUACCCAACUACCCCAGCAGCACGUGGUCAUUAACACGAAUAACGGAGGAAUGAUGACUAUUCCACGACGAAGCAAUUCCGUCAUAGCCGUUCAGCAACACUCAUUUCAUCACGACGUCAUCGACAGCAAAGAUAGUUACCACUGUCCACGCUCAAUGACAUCACAUCCCGGCGGAAUCAGUCAGGUGGGCAGUCAUUCGCACCACAGCCUACUUCACCAUUCCCAUGCUGCGCCAAUGUCGUCAACCGGUCCACACUCACCAGCGGCCCCGGUAACACCGCUGAUUCCGUUACCACCGUUGACCCCGUUGCCACCGACGAUACAGCAAUUGCCACCGCCGCAGCAGUACUACUACCCAACGUUGUUCAGCCACCCGCCAUGCCACAACCGAAUCCACAAGGAACUCAACUGUACCGCAGUCGUAGCUGGCUCAGGUUCUGUGCCCUACAUGUCAAGGCACCCGUCGCACGACCACCUCUAGCCAGACGCCUCGCCGGCAUGGGGCCUGGCCACCGCUUCGGAUCAGGAAACACCGUUAAUGUUCGCCUUUCCCGAUGCCAGUAAUACGGCUGAACCCACAUCGCCGGCGAUGCCGAUGACCGCGCCAUCAGCUGCGACGAUGCUGCAUCUGCAUCAGCUCAAAGGGAUCCUUAAGAGUCGCCUGAGUCGGCUAUGACGUCCCUUCUCCGACUCAACUCGGCAUUCACGAAUAAUGCUCGGCAAAGCUUAAUCUUUCCUUAGGACUUCCGUGUGCAAGAAACGAUGCCAUCACAGCUGUCAAUUAAAACCCGAAGAGAAAUGAGCAGCCAAGCUUCUGCGGAUCUAUAUAUACACAUCGUGACAAUAUAUAUUGUUAUGGUGAAGACACAGUGUUACAACUGCAGAAAAAUCCUCACACAACAAGAAACAAUACAGACAUUGGCACAAAGUUAUGCAGUUUAUCUUCACUUGGUGACAAACCCAUAAUGAGUGACAAUACAUGGAAUUAACAAACGAGAACGAACGCCGUUACAAUCUGAAGCGCAGUUGUUACUUUCCUUCAGAACAGCCCCUUCCGAUCUUCAACCUGUAUAACACUGUUCAAACAAACUCUUUUUUUGCUUCUUCAGAAUAUGGCCACGGGUAAGCGGUUUUGUCCAGUCGUUCUCGCACACCAAGAUGGGCAGUCGGUAGGAUUUGAAAGAGCUGCUCAAACAUCAUUUAGCAUAGUUUUUUCGUAUUUGGCAUCGAAUCGAUCAAUUUCAAUUUUGUAACGAAGAUCGUCGUAAAGACGGUCGAAACAGUCGGAUACUGUGAGCAGAAUAGAAAAAACCGUGUCAUCGCAUUGUCACGCGAUGCACUUAUCAAUGUUUGUCACACCUGAACUUUUACGCGACAACAGUACACAACGACACCAAGAUAAGUUAGGCUUCUAGCUAAAAACAAUGUCGUUAUAUAUUUUAAUAUACAGGAAGAAAAAAUAAAUACGGCACGGAAACAUAUUACGUGAACGAAUAUUACACUAGGUCUUAUGAUUGCUUAUCUAAAUUAAAAUUAUAUAAAGAACACAUACUAUAUAUAUAUAUAUAGUUUCUUCCCUUAUAUGUGGUGACAGAACGUGUGAAAAUAGAAUAAAAUGGUUGGACGGAAAUGGAGGGAGAAAUUCAAAUGGUAAUAACGAUAAUGCUAUGAACAAUUAUAAAACAUACUAACACUGUAAUAAAUGAGCUAAAAUCAGCUAAACAGUGAGCCUCGAAGGCAAUGUUACUAGUGAAGAAUAAUAGUAUUUAUGUACUUAAUAAUAAUUUCAACAAGGACCGUUACCAUUGUGUACUGGUAUCUAAGAUAUUAUGUAUAAAAAAUAUACACGUUACUAUAAGCCAAGAUAAACAUACUGGAUAGAGAGAAGAUAGAUGUUCCAAUAACGACAUUUCUCUCUGCUAUACAGACACACACACAUAUAUGUUUGUAUAUAUAUAUAUAUAUAUACAUUAGUGCAAGAUGUUUACGGCGGUUCUAUACUUAUGUACGGAACAGCGAAUGGAAUAGAACCCGUAAUCACAGUCGGGCGAACUAUAGCCGAAAUCUGUAAACAAGUCGACAAUUACUCACGUAUCGCCAUCGAUCGUUGAUGGUACGGUACUACAACUAUAUACUAUGAAAUUAAUGAUUGAUGAAUGCUGAUUGAUGGUUCGAUAUAUCUACAUAAAACUAUGUAUAGCGCUACCCUCUUACCAAUGACGAAGGGAUCCCGUAAGGUUAUUCUGUAUAAUUACAUACACACAUUCUCUAUUAGAGCACACAAUUUGGAAUAAAAAAAUUUUAUCUGUAUCCUGCUAUGAUGCCAUAACGAUGCGCAGAAACUGGGUCGAACAUGCCCCAGUCGAGUUAUUUUCAUAAUUUAAAUCGAACGGCGGCUGAAUAAUAUCAAAGGGGCAUGCGGAGCAGCAAUUGUCGAAUUUAGGAAACGAAUAUUUAGAUAAUUUACUGCGAAUGGUAGCGUUUCUUGUGCGGAGAAAGAUACUGAACAGGAACCGUUUAAUGCCUGUGUCGACUGUGGAUCAGUAUACUCGAUAAAGCCCAUGGACUUAUCAGCAUAAAAACAUACCUAUAUAAAAAAACUAUACAAUUUUCUGCCGACAACGUUCAUUUUUCAGAUACGUACUGUAUAACUAUUACGUUUUUUUUUCUAUUCUGGAUGCAAGAUUCGAUUGUUCAAUAUUUCGGCAUCUAACGCUUUGUUUUGUUCGAAAAUGGGUUAAUGAAUUUGAAAAAUUGUUAAUGCGUGUGUGUGUGUGUGUGUGUGUG